AAGGAUAGUGGAGGGGGGAGAGAGAGAGAGAGGACGGGCUGAACUUACCGUCGUGUAAACACGGGCAAGUUCGGAAGUGUAGCUCGCGUAGAUUUCGCACGCGCUGCACGACUACAUGCAGAUAAGUAGACGGGUAGAUACGCCAUCCCUCCCCCUCCCCCGAUUCUCGUUGCGCUCCGUCUCUUUCGCUCGCUCUUCCCUCUCGCUCCAUCUCGCGAUCAUAUCGACGCGCGCCGUCCUUGUCCCUCGCAUCAGCCGGGAGCGCGAUGCGCGCGCAUCGCCGUUUGUUAUGUCAGGGUCGUAUGCACGAGGCGCACGACGCGGGACCCAUGGCUUCCCUUGAGAUUUUUUUUUUUCGUGUGUACAGGUGCGAAUCGGAUCGCGAGUAAUGUAAUUCGAGAUCAUUUUACGCUCAAUGAUUUUUUGACAGGGCGUCUCUCGCGCUUCUUGCUUUCGCCCGAGGGAAUUUUCUUAGCUUUGAUACGUGACUGACUUUUACCAAUAGCGAUAAUUUCGAAUUUAUUUAAUUAAGUGUAUAAAUAAUUACGUACGAGGAAUUGGUAUUAAUCAAUAUUGGAACAUCGAAGCGAGAAGGGCCUGGCUGCGUAAAUUGCGUCUAUUUUCUUAAAAUUACAACUGAAAGACUGGUCGCGGUCGACUUAUUUUUACCUACAGUUUUAUAUGCACUCACACAUAGAAAGGCAAGGGUCGCCGAUACCUGAAGUGCGAUUGAAAAGAUCAACGGGAUUUUCCGAGAAAGAGAGGAAGAGAAAAAGUUUCAGAAAAUCGCAAAAAAUAUUUUUCCACAAAGAAUCGUCGUGUCAAGAUUACCUGAGCAGCGUGCACGCAUGGACGGCCCGGGCACGAUUACCUGGGAGGAAUUUCUCGAGGAUGCAGAGAGAUUUCUUGUUGUCUCCGACAGGAUAUCGGAUGGAUGGGAGUUUCGCGGGGACAAGGGUAUUCCUGGACAAGCAUAUUUAUUUAAAAGAACCAAGUGUUUCGUGCCGAGCGAUUCCAUUAUGAAAAAUGACGACGACGACGAUGACGACGACGAGGAAUUCCACGUGAAAUUUCGAGAGGAUCCGCACGAGGUUCCUUCGACGCUCGAAACGCCCCUCAUCACCGAGUAUCAUAUCCUGUGGUCCAUGAGUUAUGGCGUUCCAGUUAUUUACUUCAAUAGAUGGAAAUCAUAUUUCCCUGGUAUUAACCCAAUGAGCGUAAAUGAAGCGCAAGCGAUUCACGAUUCCAAAUUAAAUUACAUGGAAUUAUCGCAAGCGAUUCAUCCUAUCGUCGGGACUCCAUUCUUGCAAUUACAUCCGUGUCUCUCGCAGGAAUUGCUACGAAGCAUGUCGAAGAGCAAGAAUAAACUCGUCAGUUGGCUGAGCUGCGUAGCACCCGCGGCCCUAAAUCUCAAAAUACAUCCGGAAUACUACAAGCUGACGUACUGCAAAGUCUAGCCAUUUCCAAUUGUCAAAGAAAUAAUAAAUAUUUAAAUCGUAGAUGUGUCUAUGCGAGAAUACUCCUCAUCAACAUCCAUCUCCA